AUGGAAUUAUACUGCCCUAAGACCCAACAGAAGUCCGGAGAGGCGUACUUUAGGAGAAGAAGUCCUGAUGUAGAAGUCGCUGAUCUGUCGGGAUUGGACCUCUUGAAGGAUAUUCAAUCAGGUGUUCACAUUCCCAGUCAUAUUAAAGGCCUCCAUGAGACACACAGAGGUGUUGUGUCUGAAUCCACAAGAACUCUGGAGGAUCAGGCGUCUCCUGAAGAUCCACACACCAGAGUUGUGGGCUUUGAGACUCAAUACACAGAGCUGAUGGUUGUUGAUCACUACAAAAGAACAUACAGUGAAAAGCACCAUGAACUUGAGAAAACAGGGAGGACUCAUGCAGAGAUGGUGGAGGAGAAGACAAAAGUGAAAUGUGAGCGAAUCUGGACAGAGCAGCUUUUUAGAAGAAGUACAGGAAGUGAGACAGACCCUCACAUUGUAGUGGUCAGUGGGAUGGUGGGAAUUGGGAAGACCACCAUGGUCCAGAAGAUCAUGUUUGACUGGGCCAGAGGCACUCAGUACCGGAGGUUUGCUUUUGUGUUCCUGUUUAAAUUCAGGGAGCUCAACCUCCUAGACACAGAGGCAGAACCACAGAUGUCUCUGACCAGGCUGAUUGUAAGGCACUAUAAAUAUCUCAAUGACCCAAAGUUGAGAGAAAUCCUGCAGAAACCUGAAUCUCUCCUCUUUAUAUUUGAUGGACUGGAUGAGUACAAACACAAACUGGACUUUAUACAGAGUAAGCUCUGCUCAAACCCAGAGGAGGACUACUUUCCUGUCCACAUCCUGGUCACCAGCCUGGUCAGUCAGACAUUACUGAAGGGCUGUUCAGUCCUAAUCACAACCAGACCAACAGCACUGAAUACCCUGUACAAAGAGAAUGUUGAUCAAUUUGCAGAGAUCCUGGGGUUCUUCCCUGAACAAAGGCUGAUGUACUUUAAGAAGUUCUUUGGUAAUGCUGAUCAGGGCUCUGAGGCUUUUCAGUAUGUGGAGGGGAACUCCAUCCUGCACACCAUGUGCUUCAACCCCUCGUACUGCUGGAUUAUCUGCUCUGUGCUGAAGAGCCACUUCAUGACACCUGAAGAAGAGCGAGGAGCUGCCCCCAGAACUGUCACUGAGCUCUUUGUUAUGUUCCUUCACAACAUCCUCACCAAACACAAGCGAGAAGCUGAGGAUCUAUGGGAUUUUCUGGUCAAACUUGGGAAGAUGGCUCAUCAUGGGGUGAUGAACAGGACUGUUGUGUUUUAUGAUAAUCAAGUCAUGUCCACCUUUGGUCUCCGGCCAGUCCUGUCCUCUCUAUUCCUCUCAGGGUUCCUCAAAGAAAUCUUACAAAGAGAAAACACUCUAGACCAGACAAUAUAUACAUUCUACCACCUUACCCUGCAGGUGUUCGUGGCCGCCUGUUCCUUCUACCUCGAUCCAUCAGGGGGCAUCGAGGAGCUGCUUGAGAAGCUGGACUCAUGUGAAGAUGGCCGGUUUGAGAUUCUCACUCGAUUCCUGGCAGGACUGGCCAGGCCUUCUGUGUUUAAAGCACUGGGGGGAAUCCUAGGAGAGUUUGAGAUGAAGACAGCAAAGAGGAUACUGGAGUGGGUGAAGAAGAAAGCUGAAGAUGUGCUACAUGGCUAUAAUAAAAGUGAAGCUCUGCAAGUGUUUCAGUGGCUCUAUGAGACUCAGAAUAAUAAAUUAAUCAGAGAAGCCAUUGGGAAGGAUUUAAGCUUGUACUUUAUUGGGAGGACUUUAUCUCCUCUGGACUGUGCUGUGCUGGGCUCUGUUAUCAGCUGCUGUGGAGAAUUUGAGGCGCUCAUCCUGUCCAAAACACUUCUCACCCCAGAGUGCAUUAGCAGACUGGUGCCAGGGCUCAUCUGCUGCAGACGUGUAAACCUGUAUCAAUGUGGUCUCACCUACACAUGCUGCUCAGCUCUCUCCUCAGCUCUUUCUGCUCCACACUCACGACUGACUGAACUGGAGCUGAGCAACAAUUACCUGGAGGACUCAGGAGUGAAUCAGCUGUGUGAGGGGCUGAGGAGUGAAAACUGCAAAUUAGAGAUACUGAACCUCAGGUCAUGUGGUCUCACCUCCAGAUGUUGCUCAGCUCUCUCUUCAGUCCUUUCAUCUCCAAACUCACGACUUGUCGAACUGGAUAUGGGCAGCAGGAACAGCCUGUCUCUUUGUGGUAUCACCUACAGAUGUUGCUCAGAUCUCUCCUCAGCUCUUUCAGCUAUACACUCACGACUGACUAAACUGAACCGGAGGGACAACAACAUGGAGGAUUCAGGAGUGGAUCAGCUGAUUGAGGGGCUGAGGAGUGAAAACUGCAAAUUAAAGAAACUGAGCCUGUCUCUUUGUGGUCUCACCUCCGGAUGUUGCUCAGCUCUCUCCUCAGCUCUUUCUGCUCCACACUCACGACUAACUGAACUGAACCUGAGCGGCAACAACAUGGAGGAUUCAGGAGUGGAUCAGCUGUGUGAAGGGCUGAAGAGUGAAAACUGCAAAUUAGAGAAACUGGACCUGUGUUAUUGUGGUCUCACCUCCAGAUUUUCAUCAUCUCUCUCCUCAGUCCUCUCUUCUCCACACUCACAGCUGACUGAACUGGACCUGAGAAACAACAGAGUGGGAGAUUCAGGAGCUCAUCAGCUGUGUGAGGGUCUGUGGACCCCAAACAGUAAAUUAAAGACACUGAGGCUGUCUGGUUAUAAGAUCAGUGAGAGUGAGGAGAAGAGCCUGAGGUCACUACAGGAGGAGCUGAAAGGGACUGGACAGCAGGUGGAUAUCAGCAUAUGGUGAAGACUGAACAUGCUGAUCAACUGCCCCCCAGUGGUGGUGCCCCCUGUCCACUCCUUCUAAAUUCUUCUCUUUAUUCUUUUAUAAUCUCCUCAGCUCUUCUCCACGUUUAAUAAACUCUCCAUGUCUUCUUCUCA